GGGCAAUUAACUUAGAUUCAAUUCGUUUUGCAUUGAAAUAUUUCGUCAUUCUCAGUCAACAGAACCAGGAAGAGAACGUUAUGUUUUAAAUUUUACUGUUCGUGAUUCUCCCAGUGAUACUAUUAAUGCAACAUGUUGGGGUGAAGAGGGUGCUAUAAGCACAUUAAGUACAACAUUUGCCAUUGGAGACAUAGUAAAAAUUAAGAAUCCACAAGUCACUGAAAGGCAAACUGAAUCUGAAGAUGAGAAAUUUAGACCAACAGUAAGUAGCAAAUAUCAACUCAAUAUUAGUCCACAAUACAGUGAAAUAACUUUGUGCAUAAAUGAAGAAAGAAGAGGCUAUGAAAAAUUGCUGCACUACUCAAUGCAUCGCUCUUCUGAAAUAUUAAAUUUAGUAGAUAUUAUUUACAACAGUCAAAAUGCUGAAGGUCUUUCUGUUAAUUUACUUGUAGCUGUGAGAAGAAUUGGAACUAUCCAGACAGUAAAAACUAAAGAUGGACGAGAAGUGAAGAAACUUCAAUUGACAGUAUUUGAUCAAUCGCACCCAACAUUUAAUAUUUUAAUUUGGGAAGAGGAAACAGCAAAGUUCAUUUUAAAGUACUGCAGUAAAAGAAGUGUAGUUCUCAUCUCUGAUAUUAAAAUAAAUUACAAUAACUACAUGAAAGAAAUUAUAGGAACAUCUGGGAGUUCUACAAUUUUUACACCAGAUCCAGACAUUCCUGAUGCAAGAGUUUUGUACCAGUAUGCAAUGAAAAUAACCUUACCUGAUGAUUCAGUGCAAAAUGAGAGCAAAUAUGCAGAUUCCUCUAUUAUUUAUACAAUAGAAGAAAUACUUAAAUUGAUGAACUCUUCAGAAAUUAUAUUGAGUGAGAUACAAGGAACUUUACAUGCUAUCAUCACUUCAUUUGACAUUGAUAGCACCAACAAGAUAUCAUCUUUCAGAUGCCCUGGAUGUAUACAGUUACUACAGAAAAAAGAUGACAAGUGCAUUAAUGGUGCAUGCGAAAUUGGAAAUGGUAUGAAAAUCUUACCAGGUGAAGAAAUGUAUGAUAUUCCUUUAUCUAUAGCAGACAAUACUGGAUGCAUUAAUAGGUGCCUUCUUCUUGGACAAGUUGCUCAAAACUUCUUAGGAGUCAGUGUACAAGAAUUUUCCAGACUUUCAGAUGAUGAUAAAACUAAUUUAAAAUGGAACUAUUUAUUUGAAAGAGUAACGAUUGAAUUCAAAAUAACACCAUCAUCGACUGGAAAUGGAAGAUAUAAUUUUCGUAUAUCAUCCUGCAAAAAAUGUGACUAA